UUCACCUACUCUCCUAACAGCUGAUCUCAGAUCUGCCGGUAACUUUUUCAUCGCUGCUUCUUGUUCCGGCCAAUAAGGCGCGAAGUUACACAGCCCAGCGUUUGUUUGCAGAAUCGGCUACACGUGGGAAUUUGUCUGUUCAAAGUUACGCAGGAUCUUUAAUACGGCGAAAAACAAUGGCAGAAAAACCGAUGUGGGAGCAAAUCGGCAGUGGAUUCGUGCAACACUAUUAUCAGCAGUUUGAUACAGAUCGCGUGAAGCUCUCCGAGCUGUAUACCGAUGCUUCCUGUUUGACAUGGGAAGGAGAGGGAUUUCAAGGGAAGAGUGCAAUCAUGACCAAACUAAGUAGCCUUCCCUUUCAGACCAUUCAGCACAUCAUCACCGCUCAGGACCAUCAUCCCACUCCAGACAGCUGUGUCAUGAGUAUGGUCAUGGGCCAGCUCAAAGCUGAUCAAGACCAAGUUAUGGGCUUUCAGCAAGUCUUCUUGCUGAAGAAUGUAGAUAACAAAUGGGUCUGCACCAAUGACAUGUUCCGAUUAGCUCUUCAUAACUUUGGAGCAUAGUAUGUAGUAUUUACAGUCCAUGCAACUUUUGUAUCUGGAGUAUGGCUUCACAUUUCACAUUCCGAACAGUUUUCGUCCUAUUUUGCCAAGGAUCUUGAAGGUUCACGAUCAUCUCCAGA